AUGGCCACGGCCGCGGCUGACGGCGAACCCCAAGUGCCAGACGACGACACAGGCCUUGAAGAGCCUCAAAGCCAGGAACCAGAAGAUCCCUGGCAUGACGCUCAGCUUCCUCGUGGCUCUAGAGCUGGAGGCGGCAGCUGGGCGACCGACGCCGAAGAGUACCAGCAGUUUCUCCGCUUCUUGAAUCGUGACAGUCGUUCCAGAGGCAGGGCUUCGCGCCGAAGGGGCGAUGACGAUGACGAUGACGAUGACGAUGACGAGGCUGGCGGCGGCAGGAGCAAUGCUGGACCACCUCCAGCCUGGGACGGCGCGUCGCCGUUCAAGGACUACCUGGUCAGGGCUCGGCUGUGGUUGGCUACGACGAAGACGAAGCCAAGGAGCCGAGGGCCGAUGCUCUUAAAGAACUUGACCGGCGUUCUCUUUGACGACCUGAAGUACCUGGCCAAGGACGAAGCAUGGAUGAAAGCCAACGACAAUGGCGAGCAGAUGCUGAAGCUCAUGGACACGAAGGAGCUCUAUGGCGAGGACGAAAGGGAGGAUAUGUUGAACAGCCUGUUCAAGGUGACGUACGCCAUCCGGCGGAACAAGAACGAAGGCCACAAGGAGUUCUUUGCCCGCUGGGAGAUAGCCGUGCGCAAGCUGAAUGAACAUUCUAUCAGUCUUCCUUCCGAAUACCUUGGAUUCCUGCUCACCAUGGCGCUCCAGCUCAACCAGGAGGAGGUCAAGCUACUGAUGAACUUCACCCAAGGGAAGCUAAGCCAGAAGGAUGUGAAGGAGUGGGCGAGGGUUCACGAGACCAACCUUGACCUUCGCCAGUCCGCUCAGCAGAGCCAGGUCCAGAAGAAGCCCAUUGCCAACGCCUACUACACCGUCGAGCCCGAGACAUCGACUCAGGACUACGAGGACUUCCACGGAGACGGACCAGACGAAGGCAUCGAGGUCCUCCUGGGCGCGAUCGAGGAGCUCGACGGCGAGGUCCCUGGAGAUGAGUCCGGGGAGUAUGACAACGGCACGUUCGACGAGGACGAGGCGAAAGAGAUCCUCUCGACAAUGGUGCGCGAACAUGCGGUGAAGAAGCGCAGCUUUGUGGCGGUGAACCAAGCAAAGAAGGCCAAGAACCUGGCCCGAGGAUAUGGAAGUGGUUCCAGCUACAGUUCUCGGCAGGGACCACCUUCGAAGCACAGUGGCCUUGAAGGCUCCUACAAAGUGAGCAUCUCCGCGCUGAAGAAGCGCACACGCUGUGCUCAUUGUCGACAAGUCGGGCACUGGCACAGAGAGUGUCCCAACAAGGACCAGAAGUCGCCGCAGAAGUCUGGCGACCAUGGAGUUCAUCUUCUUGAAGAGCCUACUCAUGAAGCACUUUUUCUCGGCUUCAACGACUUUCUGAAGCUCAAGGCCGCGGCCCAGGCAAGGACGCAGGACCCGAGCAAUGAGCCCAGUAGCAGUUCCGGAGCACGUUUUGACUCGCAGCUCAACUCCGCAUACAAGGACCGCAGUCUUAUGCAUGAAGUGUUUUACGUUCACAAGCCCUGGAAUGUCUUAGAGAGUCCGAGCCCGAGGGUCUGCACCAUCUCCGCCUUGAUUCUGAUGAUCGGCUCAGCAAUCAACCCUUUGCUUUUACCUCAUCCACGUGUGCAUCCUCAGCACCUUCGCACCAGUAUGCCCAUGGAGAAGAGAGCUCGCAAGUUCCAGGAGCCCAGAGAACCGAGCGACGCGGACUGGCAGUGGAAUCGCAUGGUCCUGCGCUUCAUGAUGGCCAUGACGCAUGCCAUGCAGCAGUCAGUUCUGAACCACUUGUGUGUUCGAGGGCCCCAAGAGGAACUGUACCGCCGUAUGGUCAGCGACCUGCCACGGCUCACGACACACGAGCUGAGGCAAAUGCAAAAGCACAUCAAGCAGAACUUGGAGUGCAGAGAGGUAGAGGGCUUGGAGGAGCAUCAGUGGGAUGCUCAACGACCGUGGAGUCGGGAAGUGACUCCAGAGGACGCAGCUUCGACAAACACCACCGGCUUCAUCUUGGUGCACGACGAGACAGAGCUGAACAGUCCAGUGGUGGAGCGCUGCCAUUGUGGCUUCGAGACCGUGACCCUGGAAACCAGGAAGGAGGGCCGGAACCACGGGCGACUCUUCAAGAGAUGCCCAAACUGGCGGGACGUCACCCAUCGAUGCAACUUCUUCAUGUGGCUGGAGGAGCAGCCGAACUGGAGACCCACGCAGAAUCACGAAGCUUGGGCGCAAGGCACUCCAACUUCGACCACAAUGUCACCGACGCCAAGGACUCCUCCGACCAAAGCUUCCCCGACGGCCAAAGCUUCGCAGACAACGACGGCGAAGCAGCCCGGGACCAAGUCACCUUCCAGCAGCUCGAUGCCACCAACACCAAAGAUGCCCAGCCGAGGACAGGAGUCCAGCCAAGACAACUGCCUACAUCAGUUCACGUGCCAUGCGGGCUCCAACGGCUAUGUGUUCAUCACGAGAUGUCGGGACUGCCAGAAGAUCCUCAAGCGGGAGGCGCGCAGACCAAUGUCGGCGGGGGCCAGCAGCCAGCUGGGCCCAGAGAUGGAGGCGACAGCCCAGAGCGACAAGUCAACGGACGACUAUGCCGAGUUCCAGCAGUUCAAGAAGUUCCAGGACCUCGGCAAAUCCAAGAGCCGAAAGGUGCUUAGUGUGCUCAAGGAAGCAGAGCGGCAAUGGACAGAAGUAGAACGCUGUCUAUGCCAUCCAAAGCCGAGCGAGCCUUUCCAGCAGCUAAAAGAAAGAGCCAGAAGCGAGCUACAACAAGCCAACGGUAAGCGCCAGAAGCACUACCAGGAGCUCUUUAGUCUCAGCCAGCAGGAGCUGCGGACAGUGUCUGAGAUUUACAAUCCACAUAGGCUCAGUAGACGCACAGCUCAGUUUCGCCUUCGGCCAGGCAAGGCGUUUGAUUUGCCGCUUGUCCACGACUUGUUGAAGCCUUCAGUCCAGCACUCCGUGCUGACCUACCUGAAGCAUGAACGUCCAGGACUUGUCAUCGUGUUUCCGCCUUGUGAUGGCUUCAGCGCGUUGAACCACCUGCUAGACAACUUCCGCAAGAAGAACCUAGAAGCUCUCAGAAGAUACCUCAAGAAGCUUAAGCAGGGGAAGGUGCUCCUCAAUUUCGCUAUGAAGGUUUGUCAACUUUGCCAUGAACAAGGAAUGACGUUUGUUUUUAAACAUUCGUGCAGCACUUCGUCAUGGAAGAUGCCUUCAGUGCAGCGGCUGCUCGAGCAACCUGGCGUUCUACAAGUCACUGCGGAACAGUGCAGAAAUGGUCUUGUCAGUCGAAGUGGCCAACAACAGAGGAAGGCCGCUAGCUUGCUGACCAACAACCGUAGAGUCGCAGAGGCUCUGGGCCGUGGAUGUCAAGGGAAGCGCUAUCCCAGCGAACUGGUGGGUGCCAUCCUCCAGGCCUACAGUAGAACAGUCGGCAAGGCGCCGCAGGAGAUUGACUUGGUCGAGGCGGCGAGCGUAGCACGAGAAGACCUUCAAAGAGAUCAGUGCUACUUUUUCCCUGAGGAGCUGGAGGAAAUGGAUGGAGCUGAAGCAAUGCCUCUGGAAGAGCCAGAAGAAAUAGGACAUCGCGAAGAGGUCCCACCAGCGAGAGAGAUGAUGCCCGAGGCCUUCGGGGUCACCGAAGACAUGCUGAAGCAAGUUGGUUGGAAAAAGCUGGACACAGGUGCUUGGAUGUACCUGGAAGAACACACCGAGAAGGUCAAUGGGCCCGAACCCGGCCAUGAGGCCUGGCGGCUCCCUUGGCGAACCUCUUGGACCUGGAAUGGCGCAGACUGGAGCCUGCUAGAGGACGAGGUCCGCUGGCAAGAUAAGGCCCAAGACACCCGCUUGCAGCCCAACACUCGUUACCUCAGCAUAUACCAAGCCAGAUUGGAUCAGCAUGCAGAUCGGCACAUGAGACAUUUUCCCGGCAUGGCGCGUGUGACCUUAGAGAGAAUGAUUCGGAAGGCUCACGAAGGCCUGGGACAUCCUGAGCAUGGUCGUUUUCUUCGUAUUCUCAGGCAGUCUAAAGCGUCGGAAGAAGUUAUCGAAGCAGCCAAGCAGUUCCGGUGCUCCACCUGUGAGGCAUAUCAGCUUCCAGAUCCGGCGCGAAAAGGCGCACCGCCCAAGGAAGAACUCUUCAUCAAUGAAUGGGUUGGGGUUGACACAGUACAUCUUCGUGACCAUCAGAAUCAAGCUGUACCAGCCUUGAACAUCAUUGAUUUUCAUACACACUUCCAGUUGGUGAUCCCUAUGGACAAAGAAUCAGCAGCUGAAGUAAGAAAAGCGUAUCGGCAGUGGGUUCGGUUCUUCGGGGUGCCCCGCAAGGUUAUGUUUGACCUGGGAACAGAGUUCAAAGCCGAGUUUCGCCGUCAGGUGGAGAACGAUGGAAGCGAGGCGUUGCCAAGUUCCCUGGAAACUCCAACUCAACGAGGCCUCACAGAACGGGCCGGUGGAGUGUUCAAGAACAUCCUUUACAAGUCCAUGCUCGACUACCAGUGCCAAAGCCGAGAAGAGUGGAAAGAACUUGUAGACGUAGCCUGUAUGACACGAAAUAGGUUGCUUCUUCGAGGGGGUUACUCUCCCAUCCAGCGCGUGAUCGGAUACACACCUCGUCUGCCAGGUGGCCUCUUGACUGGUGGCGCAGAUGACCACACCAUGGCAGGCCGCAUUGUCAUGGGAGACAGAGACGUGACUAGAUCCAUGAAGAUGAGAAAGGCGGCUGCUGUAGCGUUUCAUGAAUCGGACUGUGACCAAGCCCUGAGAGCCGCUACACUAGCUGGGCCACGUAAGCUUUGCGAUUUCGAAGUCGGCCAGGCAGUCUACUUUUGGCGGAGGGGCGCUGGAAGCACAAAGAAGACGAGGCAAUCAUAUUGGACUGGGCCUGGGGGAAUCGUGAUGACAUCUCUUCCCAAUGCCAUCUGGAUCGCCUAUAGCAACACCUUGAUUAAGGCAGCCCCUGAACGUGUUCGACAUGCAACAGCUGAAGAGAAUAUGUCCAUUUCAGGUUGGUUGCGUGGUAUUUCCAAAACCCGGCAGGACUUCGAGAAGCUUCCAAAGAAGGGGUUCGUAGACCUAACAGGAGACUAUGAGAUGCCGGGCGAACUUGAAGAUGAUCUCCAAGCCAACGAACCACAUGAUGAUACUAGUCCUCUCCAAGACCCUGAACCAGUAUCCGGAGUCCCUCCUCUGCGUAGAGUACGACAGAAAACCGGAGAAUAUGAACAUGCAAAAGAACCACUAGGGCCUCCUCCUGGUCUUACAGAACCCCCAACCGAACCGAGAGGUGAACCAGAAAGAGAACAACCUGAAGUUCCCGCUCUUGAACCUGUAGGCCCUCUUCCCUUCCUGCCAGGUGAAGAGCUCUUCGACCGCGACAUCGACGUCGAAGAGAAUGAGAACCACGAGCGAGGCCAGGGUUCUUCAGGGACAAGUGCUACAGGGUCGUCUGGGUUUGCUGACAACAAGAGGGGUCCAGAAGACAGAGAGCCAGAACCUCCUGGAAAACGUAGUCGAGUACAUCUUCUUGAAGCUUAUGCUCUACAUCUUCAAACGUUAGCAAGGGCUCGACAAAAGAAGGAGGUCAGAGCGACCGACUUCAAAGGAGCGGAUGCGGUCAAGUUGCAGCGAGCCAUUCUGAAAGAAAUCAACAACAAUCUCGGCACCAGGGCGUACGAGUUGCUGAGCUCAGCUGAGUCCGAGCAGAUUCUCAGAGAGAAGCCAGAGAAAGUGAUGGAGUCCAGAUACGUCUUGACAAAGAAGCCCUUGGAGCCAGCAGAGGUCGCCGGCGCCGAGAGUGAAGGGCUGUUGCUGAAUGAUGACACUCAUGGCCCUUGUAAAGCAAAGUGUCGACAUGUCAUGAAGGGAUACUCAGAAGAAUCGGCGCUGGACGUUGAAAGCACCACGCCUCAGAUCAACAGGGAUACAGUGAUAUUCCUGCUUCAAGUUCUCGCCAGUUUGGGUUGGGAUCCAGGUUUCUUGGAUUUCACACAAGCCUUUCAUUCAGGGGAUGCCAUCAAGCGCGAGCUCUACUGCAAACAGCCGAAGGAGGGCAUACCAGGCGCCAAAGCAAGUCAGUUGUUGCGACUGCUGAAAACUUGUUAUGGUCUCACAGACGGGCCUUACGCUUGGUACCAGCAUCUCGACCGAAAGCUCAGACAACUAGGAUACAAGGCAAGUCAAGCAGAUCCGUGUCUGUAUUUCUUGCAUGGCGGUGCUGAUCCCGAAAACCCUGAACUUGAAGGUGUCAUCGGUGUUGCGACUGAUGACUUGUUACACGGUGGCAACGAAAGACAUUGGGCCAAGAUAGCAAGCAUAGCCGCCGAGUACAAGUUAGGCAAGAACCAGAGGGGCACGGGCAGAUUCACUGGUAAGGACAUUGAAUUGCAGGCCGACGGGUCCAUCAAGGUGAGUCAGGCCUUCUACGUGAAGGAGAAGAUCCAGAUCAUAGCCCUGACCCGAAAAAGAAAGCAACAACGGUAUUCCAAGUGCACCCCCCAAGAAAUUGAAGCCUUGAGAAGUUCAUUGGGUGUUUUAUCCUGGUUGUCAAAGGAGACCCGGUGUGAUAUUGCCGGAAGAGUGGCCUUGUUGCAACAAGCCUUCCCAGAGCCCAGAGUUCAGGACCUGGUCGAAGCCAACAAGAUCAGUGAAGAGGCUAGAAAGUACGCCCAUCUUGGCAUCAAGGUCAUGCCGAUUGCGCCGGAACGACUGCGCAUCUCGGUAGUGACGGAUGCUGCCUGGGGUAACACUAGAGAUCAGCCCUGGAUUGAAGACCAUCCCGAUGACUACUGGGAAGAAACCGAAGGAGAGUGGGUGAGGCACCACGUUCAACCAAGGCGCACGACAUUCCACCCUGGCGCGGCGCCAGGUGGACCAGACCUCCACAGCCUGGACAGGAAGAGACAGAUCUCCUUCUUCGCUCCUGAGCCCGACGGGGAGAUCAAGAGUGGCAUAGUUGAAGAUGACUGGUCCGAUGGCCAUGGAGUACGAGUUCUUCAAGACCAACCGUGGACAGGAAGGACAGUGUUCAACAAAUGUCACGACGAGAAGAUCACCAACCAGAAGAUCCACAGCAGUCUCGCCCAACUCCAGAAUCUCAGCAGCCAGGGUGGCCAGAUCAUCCUGUACCACGACCGCUCUCUUUCCGAGACGGAGCAGCCGGCGAUGGCUACGGUGGCUUCGUGGAAGAGUUACCGGCUGAAGAGGAAGACGGUGGACACGCUUGCUGCGGAAGGACAAGCUCUACAAGCAGGGCUCGGCAGCAUUCACUGGCACCGAUUACUCUUCAUGGAAGCCUUUUACGGCAUGCUUUCGGCGAGUGACUGGAGAGAAGUAGCAGGUAGGUUACCUUUUCUUGCUGCAGUGGACUCCAAAUCUCUUUUUGAUGCCGUUAACAAAUGCGCGUGUACAGCUUCGUAUGUUAGCGACAAACGAACUGCCAUUGACCUUGCAGUCAUAAAGGCAGAUUUGGCACAGACAGGCGGAACCAUCCGCUGGAUCGACACAAGAUCUAUGUUAUCGGAUCCACUUACGAAGCAGCAUCCAGGAACAUAUCUAAGAUACGUUCUUGACAAAGGUUUUUGGGCGAUAGCAGAGGAAGGACAUGCUCUUCAGGCCAAGGCCCUGGAGCGGGAAGCAAGACGCUUCUCCGAGAGUAUGUUCCUAACGUUUUGGGAAUUUAGAGUGUGA